ACCGUACGACUUUGCAUCUCACCGGCUCUUUACCGUGGAUCCCGCAGCAGUUCCUCCCGCACGUGUCAUUAGCCCGAACAGUGGGCCCGGCAAAAUCGCUGAAGCCAAUCGCAGAGCAGGGAACCGGAUGGGGCUUUACCUCGGACCAAUCACGUUCCAGAUAAGACCUGCAGGUGGGCCCCCGUCCCAACACCAAAAGUGCAAAGAUCCACCAGAAAAGAGCAACACUUGGGCAUAUCGCUCAGGUCUCAACUCAAAGUUUAGUAGUAGCCCUUAUCCAGUGAUACUUUCUUCAGUUUUGGUGCUAUCACACUCUUGCCCUCGUCGCUACUCGCGCAGUAGCUGUGUACACUUUGGUAGUUUGUACAAGAUCGAGUGCAAAGCGAGCUGGAAACUUGGAUACAAUUUUUGUUGAGGUUUUGUGGUGGGAUCGAUCAUUGUUGUUGUUCGCUUGGUUUUCGUCGUGGCAGCGCGCGCGCACGCAUGAGCUGCAGCUCGGCGAAGGCGGCCGGGGCCGUGGGCGGCAAGGCGGCGCGCGCGUGCGACAGCUGCCUGCGGCGGCGCGCGCGGUGGUACUGCGCCGCGGAUGACGCGUUCCUGUGCCAGGGGUGCGACACGUCGGUGCACUCGGCCAACCCGCUCGCGAGGCGGCACGAGCGGCUGCGCCUGCGCGCGUCGUCGCCGCCGCGGCUGACGGCGUCGGUGGAGGAGGCGGUGGGGACAAGGGCGUCGAAGAGACAGGGGGUCACGCCGGCAUGGUCGAAGCGCAAGGCGCGCACCCGGCGCCCGCAGGUCAAGAGCGUCGGGCAGCUGCUGUCGAGGCGGCUCGUCGUGCCGGAGAUGGCGAUGGAGUCGUCGGACGAACGGAAGGCCGAGGAAGACGGAGCUCACGAGGAGGAGGAGGGGGAGGGGCAGCUGUUGUACCGUGUGCCGGUCUUUGACCCCGCCCUCGUCGAGUUCUGCUCGCCGCCUUCGAUCGAUGACGCGGCGGCCGCAUCCUCAUCGUGCUUCAAGGAGCACGCCGACGGCGCCGUGGAAGACACAAAGUAUCCGGCAGCUGCGCCGUCGCCUGUGCAGCAGCUCCCGGAUAGCUUUGUCAACUUCGAACCGACGGACGCCGAGCUGAGAGAGUUCGCCGCCGACAUGGAAGCCCUACUCGGACAAGGCCUGGACGUCAGCAACGAGCUGCAAGACUCGUUCUACAUGGAGACCCUAGGGCUAAUAACACCUGUCGAAGAAGACGGCCGGGUAAAGAUGGAACCCGACGGCGUCGCCUCCAUCAGCAGGGACGUCUCGCUACCGCCAUGCCGGCCUCAUCCGCCGAAGCCUGAGGAGGAAUCUGCCGACGUGCUGGACAUCGAUUUCAACUGCACCUCGCCGACCGUGGGUGACGACGACGACGGUUCCGAUCAAAAGUCGUCCGCGAGCAACGUCGCCGCCGCAGAUGCGAAGUUCUUCCAAAAGAGUCUAGAUCUUAGGCUCAACUACGAGGAGAUCAUCGAGAGCUGGGGUAGCUCGCCGUGGACCGACGGCCGGCGGCCGCACGGUCAUCAGCUCGACGACUUCUGGCCUAACGACCACCAUUACCAGGGCUUGUGGGCGGCGGGAGGAGGCGGACAUGGCGCGGAGGCGGGGACGACGGUGAUGAGGCCGCGGAUGGACGGUCCUGGGCGGGAGGCGCGGGUGACGAGGUACAGGGAGAAGCGGCGCACGCGGCUGUUCUCCAAGAAGAUACGAUACGAGGUGCGGAAGCUGAACGCGGAGAAGCGGCCGCGGAUGAAGGGCCGGUUCGUCAAGCGCCCCGCCGGCGCCGGCGCCGCCGCGUGCGCCGUCACCUAGUGGAUCGCGCGCGCGGCCGGUCGGCGGUAUGCGCACGUACGUUUCCGAUAUCGAGACGCACUUCUGCGUUCCUGUUUCCGACGGACUCGAUCGAUCGGCACGAAACCGCACAUGAAAUUUGUCGAAGCUGCUGAAUUUAACUGUAAAAGUUCUUGAAUUCGUACAGGUUUUUCUCUUCUUUUUUUUUUUCAGUUUUGUAUGCGUUUGGCUCGAUGUUUUUGGAUUUUCUUUUCUCUCUCUGUUCCAUCGACCGGAGAGAAAGUAGGUGAUUGUGCAUUUUUAAACAUGUUGUUUAUGUUUUUAUAGAAACAUUACUCCAUAAAGGAAACAAGUGACUUUUACAUGUAAA